UUGGCCUGCAAGCUUCAGGGCGGCAAAGAAACUCGGUCUAGCAGUCCGUUAGUUCUUCCCACGGAGACCCAUGAAGGCUAGUCACCUCGAGCCCUGAGGAAUAAAGAUCGGAAUCCCGCACCGGAUACUGAAAUUGACUCGGAGAAAACUGCAGCAGAAGGGAAAUGGCGGUUCUGCAAAAGUUGCCACCCCGCGAAAAGCUGGUCCUGUUGUGCCUUCUUUCGGCGGUCCUGUGGGAGCCUGGAGCUGGGCAGAUUCGCUAUUCCGUGCCAGAAGAGAUGGACAAAGCCUCCUUCGUGGGUAAUAUCGCCAAGGACUUGGGUUUGGAGCCCCUGGCACUGGCAGAGCGCGGAGUCCGCAUCGUCUCCCGAGGUAGGACGCAGCUCUUUGCCUUGAACCCGCGAAGCGGCAGCUUGGUCACGGCGGACAGGAUAGACCGGGAGGAGCUCUGCGCUCAGAGCGCGCGGUGCCUGGUGAGUUUUAACAUACUGCUGGAAGGUAAAUUGACCAUUUAUUCAGUGGAAGUGGAAAUAACGGAUAUUAAUGAUAAUGCCCCUCGCUUUGGAGUAGAGGAACUGGAGCUAAAAAUCAGUGAAACGACUACGCCAGGAUUUCGGAUUCCUCUGAAGAGUGCGCAUGAUGCGGACGUAGGAGAGAACACCCUCCAGAAGUACGAACUCUCUCCUAGUGACCACUUCUCCCUGGACGUGCGAAGCGGAGCAGAUGGGAACAAGUACCCAGAACUGGUGCUGGAGCGCUCUCUGGACCGCGAGGAAGAGGCAGUGCACCAUCUCGUUCUCACCGCUUCUGACGGAGGCGAUCCAGUGCGAUCUGGCACCUCCCGCAUUCGCGUGAAGGUCCUGGAUGCCAACGACAACGCGCCUGUUUUCACACAGCCUGAGUACCGUGUAAGUGUUCCGGAGAACGUGCCUGUAGGCACCCGAAUACUCACGGUGACCGCCACUGACGCAGAUGAGGGAUACAACGCUCAAGUGGCUUAUUUUCGCGAGAAAACUCCUGGAGAAACCGCAGAGGUAUUUGAGCUUAAGUCGACAUCUGGCGAUCUAACGAUCAUAAGAGGUCUAGAUUAUGAGGAUGCUAAAUUCCAUGAGAUUGAUAUUGAGGCUCAGGAUGGGCCAGGCCUUCUGACCAGAACCAAGGUUAUUGUCACUGUUCUGGAUGUGAAUGACAAUGCCCCCGAAUUUUACAUGACAUCUGCUACCAGCUCAAUUCCGGAAGACUCUCCUCCAGGAACCAUAAUUGCACUUUUCAAUGUACAUGAUAGAGACUCCGGGCAGAAUGCUUUUAUCACGUGUUCCCUCCAGGAGGACCUUCCUUUCAAGUUAGAAAGGUCAGUGGACAAUUAUUACCGACUGGUUACAACCAGAGCCCUUGACAGGGAACAGUUUUCCUUUUAUAAUGUCACUCUGACUGCUAAAGAUGGGGGAAACCCCUCUCUGUCCAUGGAUGCUCAUGUUUUCCUGCAGGUGGCAGACAUCAACGACAACCCACCAGCCUUCUCCCGCAAGUCCUACUCUGCCUACGUUCCCGAGAACAACCCCCGAGGUGCCUCCAUCUUUUCAGUGAUGGCCCAUGAUCCGGACAGUGGCAACAAUGCACAUGUAACAUACUCUCUGGCUGAUGACACCCUCCAGGGGGCUCCCUUGUCCUCUUACAUUUCCAUCAAUUCAGACACUGGGGUCCUCUACGCCCUGCGCUCCUUUGAUUAUGAACAAUUUCAAGACCUGCAGCUAUGGGUGAUGGCCCAGGACAGUGGGACCCCUCCACUCAGUAGCAACGUGUCACUGAGCCUGUUCGUGCUGGACCAGAAUGACAAUGCACCUGAGAUCCUGUACCCCACUUUCCCCACAGAUGGUUCCACUGGUGUGGAGCUGGCGCCCCGCUCUGCGGAGCCCGGAUACCUGGUGACCAAGGUGGUGGCAGUAGACAAAGACUCAGGCCAGAACGCCUGGCUGUCCUACCGCCUGCUCAAGGCCAGCGAGCCUGGACUCUUCACGGUGGGGCUGCACACGGGUGAGGUACGCACAGCGCGGGCCCUGCUGGACAGAGACGCGCUCAAGCAGAACCUGGUGAUGGUCGUCCAGGAUCAUGGUCAGCCUCCUCUCUCGGCCACAGUCACUCUCACUGUGGCCAUAGCUGACAACAUCCCUGAUGUCCUGGCUGACCUGGGCAGCAUCAAGACCCCUGCUGAGCAAGACGAUUCAGACCUCACGCUGUACCUGGUGGUGGCUGGGGCUGUGGUCUCCUGCGUCUUUCUGGCCUUCGUGGUUGUGCUGCUGACGCUCAGGCUGCGGCGCUGGCACAAGUCCCGCUUCCUCCAGGCUGCAGGUAGCGGAUUGGCAGGCAUGCCGGCCUCGCACUUCGUGGGCGUGGACGGGGUGCGGGCUUUCCUGCAGACCUAUUCCCACGAGGUCUCCCUCACCGCGGACUCUGAAGAGAAGAGCCACCUGAUCUUCCCCCAGCCCAACUACGCGGACACGCUCAUCAGCCAGGAGAGCUGCGAGAAAAAGGAUUUUGAAUCAGCACCCCAGUCUCUACUGGAAGAUAAAGGAGAAGAAACAUUUUCUAAGGUAAACUAUUUUUUCCACAAUAUUCUUAAUAACUAUUUAGCUAAAAUACUUAUAUUUACCUUUAAAAAAAAAAAAAACUAG